AUGCCCGACCUUGACCGCCGUCGUCCUCGGGUUGCUACUUGCGAGGACUGGGACGAAGAUGCAGAAACUACCCUCCCUGGCUCUAGGACCACUGCCAAUGUCUCUAUCAAACGCUCCGAGCAGGAUCUAGCAAGCGGACAUAGGGACCACAAGAACGCAAUGAACGGCGUCGAUUCAGGUUAUGUCAGUCGCGCCGAUACUCUGGUCAGCGAGCCCACCUCCGUACGACGAAGGACCAACGAUUUGAAGAUCGAAACAGGACCCGCCGUCCUAGAGAGAGAGCGCCAACCAUAUCAUAUGCCUCAGUCGGCGCCUUCCAAGCCUUCCUCUCGUCGCCAAUCCUCAUUGCAGCUCAAAGGCUCUGUCGCCUCAGACCCUCGGCCGGCCAAGGCGAAACAGGUUCAUGAUUGGGGUACUUGUCAGAUAUGUGACCGCUACGGGUGGCACGACAAGGACAAGUUACGAGCGGUCAGUAUGGCGCCCCCGCAACCGCCGUCUCCCACUGCUACAAGGGCGACUCCCGCUGGUCGGGCAAAAGAUGAUGCAGCCAUUCCCACCAAAACACAACGGUCCUCAUCCAUGCGUCAACCGAGGCCCUUGAGCGUCGUUACCAAUCCUGCAAAUCCUCCACAAUAUCCCCAACAACCCAUCUAUGCGACUCCCGUAUUCGCACCAUCAACCUGGGCAACACCUGCGACUCCUGUCCAGUAUGCUCAGCCAACCUACACCUAUGCUGCUCAAUUGCCAACGCCCACCUCCGGGCCUCCCCAGUAUGCACCUUAUCAGCCAGUCCAGGCUUACUUCGACCCGGUCGCGGUUCCAGAACCACGCUCUGCUAAACCUAGUCGAAGAUCCAGCCCUGUUCGCCGUGCUACGCUGUACGGUGAUCCAGUCAUCAAUCAAGCACAACACGUCUCGUUUCCUGUACUGGAAAGGAUUCCCUCCAGAGAGAGCAGGCCAACACUGACAUCACACAAAUCAAACCGCAGCACAGAGCAAGAUCGUAUCGUGAUGCCUCCGCCGCCAAAGCCACAGACCUCAGAACCAGCACUGAGUCGUCGACCAAGCGCCCGGAGAGCAAAAGCUUAUAUCCAGGACGACCCACAUGUUCGAGAACGGCCUUCCAAGGAACCCUUGGCUAGCGAACAAGAUUAUGAAGAGUAUGUUGAUCUGCGUCCAACCACUUCCCAACGUGCUCGUCGGGAGUCCCCUUCAUGCCCGCCUAAUUCCUACAGGGCGCCAGCCUUCAUCGACUCUCGUCCCAUUUUGCCUAGGAAAUCCGUCUCCUAUUCAACCACAGAGGCCACUACCAAGGUUGCUUCCUCCAAGUCCCAUCAACACCGACGCACAACCUUACCCUCUGUACCACUCGAGCAAAAGGAAGCUGACGCAGAAGCCUAUCAACGGAAACGCGGUAGCGCCACACCUCAUCUGACCCUUGAAGCACUCCGAGGUCUUGAAAAGGGGUCUGCAAGCUCAAGAUCAGAGACAGGGAGUAGCUAUAGCCACAAGAGCCACCAAUCGUCGUCCAAAGAUUCCUCUCGGGGGCGAAGUCAGACUCACCACAGUGUCACCACAACCACCAUUACUCUUCCUGGUGGCUUGAACGUCAAUAUUCCGGCAGGCUUCAAAUCCGAUGGGCGGCCACUGAGCAUUAACGUAGGAGAUCUCACAUUCUCUGUAAACUCUCAAGAAAAGGAGACUGAGCGCCCUCGUGAGCAAAAACGGAUCGAGCGUGCUCCUAGCGUUGCCAGCAAAACUUCUAGGAGGAGCAUUGCCAGCAGCAAUGUCUCCAGCAACGAUGGUCCCAAGAAAACGUCCAGGCGAACAUCACAAUUAGAGGAGCGGGUGAGACCCAGUCGUCAACACAGCCGAACCCCCAGCACUACGGGUCAGAGCUACGAAUACACUACAACUGUCACUUCAAGAAGACAGAGUGCGGACUUGGGCAACAGACAUGAAGAUUACUACGGAGCAUAA